AUGCGCCUUUUUAACGUCUGCACUCGAAAUUUCGAAGAGUUCUUUGAUACCAAUACGCCACCAUAUGGAAUACUUUCGCAUACUUGGGAGAAGGAGGAGGUAUCGUUUCAUGAGGUUCACCAAUUCGGCGCUGUUAGCAAAGCAGGCUUUCGCAAAAUCGAGAGGUUUUUUGAUGUCGUCCUCAAGGCCGGCCUGACGUAUGCGUGGGUGGAUACCUGUUGCAUCGACAAGACGAGUAGUGCCGAAUUAUCAGAAGCCAUCAAUUCCAUGUUCAAGUGGUACGAGAAAUCGGCUCUCUGCUUUGCAUAUCUUUCCGAUGUCCCUGGAGACCAGGAUCCCGCUUCCAGUCCAGCGUUUACUAACAGCCGUUGGUUUAAAAGAGGCUGGACGCUCCAGGAGCUAUUAGCACCCCCGCAGGUCAUGAUUCUGGGGUCAGACUGGAGUUAUAUUGGCAAUCGAGACUUACUGGCUGAGCCUAUCAGCGCCAUCACGGGCAUUGGAAGUCGUUAUUUGACAACAAGAGAAGCAGAGAUACAUUACCGUGGGUCGAGUGAGCUAUUCGUCUACGAUUUCCGCGGGCACCUGGAGAGGAUUCAUCGUAUUCACGAUGCCACCAUUGCAGAAAAGCUGAGCUGGGCAGCAACACGUCAGACCACCAGAGAAGAAGAUAUAGCCUAUUGUCUUCUAGGCUUGUGUGCUGUCAACAUGCCACUCUUAUAUGGGGAGGGUACAGCUGCGUUUCAACGUUUACAGGAAGCGAUUAUUCGCCGAAAGUUCGACCCAACCUUGCUCGCGUGGAAUGUAGUCAUCGAGGACUCCACAGGAAAGAGGCCGCUGAAGCCAGAACGGUGCCGCCGCUCCCCUGGGUGGUCAUCUAUAGGAAAAACUCUACUCGGGAUUGAAGAUCCUUGGAGUCACCCUAACGGCGACGAAUAUCGACCGCUGAAUUUCUCCUGUCCUGGGAUCUUAGCAACCAGCCCAAUAUGCUUCUCACAGUGCGACCAAUACGUCAACUUUGAAGCUACCUUGGACUGGGAUCUGACAAGUAGGGGCCUCUCCAUUAAGCUCCCUACAUCUGACAACAUAAAUCCGUAUAUGCUCCUCCCGUGUCACCGAAAAGAUGAUCAGUGGAACAUUCUGGCUAUUCCUCUCAUAGGUUUUGAAGAUGGGUCCUUUGACCGCGCAGCUGCCCCCGUGGAGUUUUUCGAUCGUCAAAAGUGGCAAAUGUGGCCAUGGCGCUUACUGUCGCUAUCGACAUACGCGCCGGCCUGGGAUUGGAUACGCGAAUCCUAUACUAAGGUCAUGCGGAUCCAUGCGGAUCCAGAACUUCAGCUCCUAGACGUGACCAUUGCAAAUGAGGUGAGCUGGCUGUCUGACGGUAUGGGCAUCCGAUGGUUUGCCAAUAAAGCCCGUCAACGGCUGCUUCAAAUCUUGGUCAAGUCUCGAACAACAGAAACGAAUUACAUCAUUGAACUUGAAGCUUCCAUGAUAAAGGCCGGGGAGCUUCGUGCUCUACUUCCCGAGUCCACGCACCUGCGUUUCAACCACUCGGUGCGUCAAACCAGACAAAUUGUUAGACUGAAUUCGAUGGACGUGAAGGAAACAGAUGGUCAGGGGAUGUUGCAAAGGAAAGAUGCUCCCCAACCACUGUUGGUAACCACUUCCCAAGUAAUGUCGGCGAAUGACGCGGAAUAUCUUCUUCAUGUUAGCGAACCUGGCUUCCGUCAAGCUGUCAAUACCGAUAAGCCACAAGAAACAAACUUCAUUCUUCAAAAAUACAACAGUGUCUAUGUGUCUUUUCAAGACAUAGCAGAGGGCACACUUCAGAAACUCGCCGUGCUCACCGACAACUUCGAAGUUCAUGUUCCCCGUACGGUUCGACGCCUGCUAUCCGAUCUUUGGACAAUGACUCACCUGUCCCUGAUAGCCAUAUUUCCUGCUUGGAGCUGCGGUUUAAUAUCACCAAGUAAUCUCCCGUGUGACCUCUGGUGCUGGUUUCUGUGUACAAGGACCUACAAGCUUCUCGCUUGGGCUGGUAUAGUCCAUGUCACCGUGUAUCAGGCUCUACCGGUGACCUGCUAUCUGAUACCUAAGGCUUCUCAGAAGAUCGCUCGCUACAGAGGUUGGAUUGCGACCUUGUGCAUCGUCCCGAUCUUCUCGGAUGUAGUUGUAUUGCCCGGUGUUCGUUCGGGAGUCGUGGCAUUCGUCGUUGGGGUAAUGGGCAGUCUUAUCGCGGCAAGCACGGGAUCCAACAGCAGUGGCCUCUACUUCACAACUUUCCUGAUUGGCUUCGCCAUUGGGUUCUCCCUACCUUAUCUCACUUGGAUCGUAACCGUUCCUCCUAUCAGUGCAGGCGCGAUGGCUGUUGGCGUGGGACUGGUGGAGCUUUGGAUAUUUUCCAUCAACGCGCAAAACUGUAGUUGGUUUACGAUCUUAUGGUUGUAUACCAGCGUAUUUGUUUUCUUGGAGCCAAUGUAUACAGAGAUGGCGGAUUGCCAACUAAACCCUUUUGCUCUUCUGGUCGAGGACGGCAUUCGUCGGUAUCAGCAGUCCUUGUAUGGGCAGCAAUUGUAUGGACAUCGACAAAAACAUAACAAGAAUGGCUCGGGAAGUCAAAAGCGAGAUAUUGCCUCGGAGCAGUGGAACGCUCUACGAACGCACCGUUCUCAGGUGACCUUGUGCGAGGUGCUGGUACUGACUGUGGCCGACCUAACUUAA